UCCACAUCCCCCUCCCCCGGCUAUCUCAACGCAAUCCUGACACUAAUAGCUCGACGACUUCUAUCUAUUCUUAGUUUCUGUCUGUUCUUUUCUUCCCCGAUCACAUUCCGCUCAACCUAUGAUCCUCAGCGCCCCGGGAGAUCUCCGCCGGUGAAGUCAACCUCCAACCCGCUUGUUCGCUCCCAGCCGGUCUACCGAGGUCCCACACAACGAGACACCAUGGAUGCUCUUGUGUCUCAUCUGGACACCUUGGUCCAGAACCCGGAUCUUGCGCCCCUCUUGUCGCUCCUCAAGGGUGUCCGAAAUGGCGCCAUUUAUGGCGCCAAAGUGCGCUUUCCGCAUGCCUUGGUGAUGAUCUUCCUCUUCCGCUCCGGAACUAUCCGCGAGAAAACCAAACUCGUCUUAAAGGCGACCCGCCAACAUGCUCGCAACCUAGCAACCUUUGCCUUCAUCUACAAGAGUGUGAUGCUAGCUCUGCGCUAUCUGAACCCCGCCGGUGCUGGGAAAGAGGGCCGGUAUGACACCUUCUUCGCAGGCGCGCUGGGAGGUUAUGCUGUGUUUGGACGACACAAGACUAGUGUUACGCAGCAGAUCGUCAUCUACGUGUUUGCGCGCGUGGUUCUGGCCGCUGGAAAACUCUCCGUCCAGCCCAACAUGCACCCCCUCUCCUCCCUCAUCACCCCCGACUCGCGGACGCAGAUCCAGAAUAAUGCCUGGCCGGUGUUUGCCUCGCUCAGCUGGGCCUUCGUCAUGUACAUCUUCCGCUGGUAUCCCGAAACCCUCAUGUCGAGUCUCCGAAGCAGCAUGGUUUACAUCUACGCCGACUCCGACCACUGGGACUCCUUCCGUAACCUCCUCAUUCACAACAAAUAGACUACCUUCCCGUUAUAUUCCCAUGCCCUUUCCCCACCCAUCCACCCAUCGUUCCUUCCGUCCCGCUCAUUUCCCCCUCCUUCCCUACGGCUGGGCCCGCGUCUUUUUCUUGAUUUCCACGGCGUAUAGAGUUGGUGCAUAUAGUAUUCUCAUGGUUUUGGUCUUUUUCUUCUUGUCUAUGUUUCCCUGGCUCCUCUUGUAUCUAUUAUUCAUGACGAAUGGAC